AUGCGCACGUUGAACUUAGUCAUUGACACACUGGCGCGGGCAGGCAUGACUGCUGAGGCACUGCAGGUGAGGGCACAGCGUGUUUUGAGUCGAGUCAAUAAGGGCACAGUAGGGAGGGGAGGAGGCGUGGGGGUGGGUGGGGUGGAGGAGAUGCGUGUGCUGCGGAGCAUCCCCUCAUGGGGUCUCGUGGCUUCAGCGCAUUCAUACAACCUGGUGCUCAAGCUGCUCUCUGCUGCUUGGAAGGCGGGCACGUGCAUGCAGCAUCCGCUCUCACCCUCCUCUCCCACUCUCUCACCCCAUCUCCUGCCCUCCCAUCCUCGUCGCCUGCCCUCUCACCCCCUCCCACCCCCUCCCACCACCUCACCCUCCCUCACCCGCCCUCCCUCCCUCCCUCUUACCGCAUGCGAGCAGCUCUUAGACCACAUGCUGGCGUGCGGGGUGCCCCCCAACCUGCUCUCCUUCAACCUCGUGCUGGGUUCGCUGCUCCACCACACCAUCCUCUCACCCGCGACACCUGUCCUCCCACCCCCCUCUCCCACUCCGUCUCCCCCCCUGCUUACCCCAUGCACUGCAGCUCCUAGACCACAUGCUGGCGUGCGGAGUGCCUCCCAAUCUGCUCUCCUUCAACCUCGUCCUCGGCUCGCUGCUCCACCACACCACACAGUCCCAAGUCGCUCUGCCCUCUCACCUUUUCCCCUCCUGUCUCCCUCUCCCUCCCCCUCCCCCCCCCUGCACUUACCACACGUGCGGCAGCUCUUGGAUCACAUGCUGGCGUGCGGAGUGCCCCCCAACCUGCUCUCCUUCAACCUCGUGCUCGGCUCGCUGCUCCAACACACCACGCAGUCCCAAGUCGCUCUGCCUUCGCUCCACCCCACGCCAUCCACACCCUCCAACCCCUCCUCCACGCUCUCCACCCCUCGCAACCCCUCCGCUCACCCUGCCCCCUCCACUGCCCACCCUACCCUCUCUGACCAAUCCUCCUCCGCCCAACUUCCCCUCACGGCCUCGUUGCCGGAUGAAUCGAGGCCACCUUCCUUGUCCCAAAAGCCAUCGCCGCUCCCUCCCGCUCCUCCUACCUUGGGGUGCGUCCCGAUGCCCGUGCAUCCGGACGCCAUGACGUACCGCACGCUCCUUGCGCUGCUCUCCCGCUCCGGGCAGCACCACCGGGCGCUGCUGCUGCAGAACCUCCUGCUGCACCCCUCCUCUGCUGCUGCACCUGCCACUGCUGCUCACGUUACUGCUGCUGCUGCUGAUGCUACUGCUGCUGCGAGCGCUGCUGCUGAUGCUACUGCCAGCGACGCUGCUGCUGCUGCUGCUGCUGCUGCCAGAGUACAUGUAGCGCCAGGGAGACCGGAAUCGGGGAGCGGUGAUGGGGAGGAGCCGAGGGGGGGAGCACGAGGUGCUAGGAGUGGUGCUGGUGAGGGGAACGGGGACAGGGAGACCGAAGGGAACAGUCUCGGGGGGUCCAGACAGCAGGUGCAGCUGCAGCAGGGGGGACAAGACCAGGCGCAGCAGGGGGAGCAGCAGCAGCAGCAGCAGCAGCAGCGGCAGUGGCAGCGGCAGUGGCAGCAACAGCGGGAGCAGGUGGCUGGAUCGGGGGGGCUUCCAUUGGCUGUAUUGGAGUUGCUCCUGCGUGACUGA